AACCCCUUAAAGAUUUUGAUAAUACUGAGCCAUGUAAACAAGUGUUAGAGUAUAAAAUUGUAGUUCUUCUUGACUCUUUAAUCGAUCAUAUUGAAACAGAUGAUAUAAUUGAAAAAAAUAGGUUUAUUGCAUACCAAGUCACGAGUCUUAUUUCAAAAUGUGAUGGAUAUGUCUACAUAUAUCAUACGCGUAAAGAAUUGAAAGACGG